AUGACCCUCAAGAAUAUCGCCUUGUUCGGCGCCAAUGGCCAAAUCGGCAGCUCAGUCCUCAAAGCUCUAGCGGAAUGCAAGACCCAAGACUUCAACAUCCUAGCCAUCAUAGCCCCAGACUCACCAUCACCGGACUCGGCCUCAAGCAAAAAUGUCACAGUCAAAGAAAUGGAUCUUCUCCACACCUCUCGUCAAGAAAUGGCCGAGGUCCUUCAAGGCAUCGAUGCCGUCGUCAGUGCCCUGAACGGCCCAGUACUUAACGCUCAGAUCUCCAUCCAAGAUGGCGCAGCAGACGCAGGAGUCAAGCGCUUCAUUCCCUCAGAGUACGGCAUGCACCAUAUCUACCGCAAGCCCAACGAUCCACAGGGUUACAUGCAUCCACUCUGGGAUGCUAAGAACAGACUCAACGAACGCGCUAUCCUCCACCCUGCCAUCAAAGAAGGCAAAAUGUCAUAUACCAUGAUUGGCUGCGGCGACUUUUACAACCAAGACCGCGAAAAGGUGUGGUGUCCGUGGACGCAAAAGGAUGUAGAGGAAUACACUCUACAUGUCAUUGGCGAUCCAGAUGCCAAAGCCGACUACACCCAUAUCGAAGAUUUUGGAAGAUACGUGACUGCUUGUUUGUGCUCGCCUGAGAAGUCGGAAAACCAGCAUCUCAAUUUCCCUUCUGAUCAUGUUUCGCAUACAGAGAUUAAGCAGUUGUUGGAAAAGUACUCGGGCAAGAAAGUCAAGCUGGAUAUCAUGGGUGAGGAGAAGAUGCAUGAGGUUCUCGCUGAUCCAGAGUCAGCGCCGAAGGAGUUGCAGAAUCAGAGUUCUUUCCCCGUCGAUUUUUGGUUCUUGGUCAAGGGUAUGCAGGGUAGUGGGCGGUUCUGGCGUCCGAGGGGGAUGAAUCACAAUGAUCUGUUCCCAGAAAUUAAACCUACGACUUUUGAGAUGUACUUCAAGCAACGCUUCUAG